CCGGGGACAGUGAAAACUGUAGAGCUACAGUGUGAUGGGAUCCAGCUGAUCGGCCGAGUUGAUGGUUCAGUGGCUUCUACACGUUUGUCUUCAAAAGGUCACUUCGAACUUGCUUCUCGACCAAAACCUAUGUACAUUGGCAAAGGUUGCAGGAGAGAGGGCGAGGGCAAUUUCAGAGGAACUCUUCAGUCAGUGUCCGUUCACCGAUGUGUCAGAGUCAGAUUUAACAACAAGGGUGUGACGUAGGACGCCAAGGGAACUGAGUUCCAGUCUUUCGGCGCAGACGAAUAAUCAGUCUUUUCUCUUUCAAUAAAAUAAUGUCAUUAAUGUGUUCAUCUCAUUCCACUGGCGUCUGGAAUACCUCGUCCAUCUGAGCAACAUCAUUUUUUGUUCUUAAACAGAUCACUUUUGACUACCUGCACUCAUUUUCAUCAAAUUUUUACGAGUGGUCAUGUAUCCAUUUGUCUUAAUUAUACAUACCAGUACGUAUGGUUCUGGCCCGAGGCCAGCUUUAAGAUAAGCUCCUCUCGUUCUGGCCUGAUGUUUUUCUCUUUGUCUUUGGUAAAAAAACCCCAACCCAGUUGAAUAAAAAAUAACGUGACGACUUGCA